AUGAAGUUCCAGUCCGUUACCCUGGUCUUGGCUGCUGCAGGCAUUGCCGCAGCCGACAUACACGCCCCUCAUGGCCACCAUGGCCAUCUUCACCACCGCAAACGCGAGGUUAAGACGGAGGUCGUUCCCGGGCCGAUUGUUUACGAGUACGAGCUCAACGGCAACUUGAUCCCUGCUGAAAAGGCCUGCGACGGUAUCGCGGAUGGCCUCUACAAGUGGGCUGAUGGCGUUGCACCUUCUGAUGCUUGUGUCACUUCAACUGUCGCGCCGACGACCUCGACUUCUACGUCCACGUCCACGUCCACGCCUACGCCCACCCCGACCAUCAAGCCCGCUGAGUUCUUUGAGCAAAGCUUGUCCAUCUCUAGCUCCAGCUCCACCACGACGACUUCGACCUCCACUCUCACGCCUUCGACGACAUCUACUACUACCAGCCCCGCAGCCCCGACUAGCUCAUUGACUGGCGGUGGCGUUACCCUUGUCAACAACGCGGGUCAACCAAUCUAUCUCUGGUCCGUCUCCGACGUUCCCGCCGAAAUGGUUACCAUUCCCGCGGGGGGCAGUUAUUCCGAGAACUGGCGCACCAACCCUGACGGUGGCGGUAUUUCUGUGAAGGUGUCGACUUCGCCCAGCCUGGACAAUAUUCUCCAAUACGAGUAUACCCUGGCCGGCUCCACCAUUUUCUGGGAUCUGUCUUGCAUCAACAUGCUCCUUCACAAUCUGCUGUCCACUGUGGGCUUCUCUGUCACUUCCGAUAACACGGAUUGUGUACAAGAUGUAUGCGCUGCUGGCGAUCUUCAAUGCGCCGCUGCCUACCUAUUCCCCGCUGACAACCUGGCUACUCACGGCUGCGACGCCAAUACCCAAAUGAUCUUCACUAUUGGCCUCUAA